AUGAAAAACUUACAGAUACAAGCGCAAAGUAGCAUCAACAACAGCGCAACAUCGUCCGAAAAUAGUGAGACUCAAAGUGUAGAGGACCAUCAAUCGGGUGUGCCACCAAUCAAUCGAAGUGCUGCUCGAAUCAGAGCGAAAACUAGCUGGAAACGAAUGAAAGAUCUUGCCGCAGAAAAGGAAAAAGAAAAUGAAGCCAAGCGACCUCCUUGGCGUGCAGUUAGUGUAUCAACUCUCCCUAAGCCGGAUAAGAAUGCAUUGCUUCGUGCUAAAUUACUUGAUGCGUCCAGACGUUUAAGAGCUGGCAAAACGAAUGUGGCACUUCAAACAGAUUUCGUUCCCGUUAAAUUGAUGAAGGAAGCUACAACAAGUGCACAAGAUGAUUUGAUUUUAUUGAAAAGCGUUGGAAUAUUAACGGAUGGCCAAUAUUCGAUUAGAAAGGAUGGUUAUCAACAAUAUGUAUUAACAUAUUCUGUAUCGCAAAUGACCGAUUAUAUUGACAAAGCCGAUGUCUCAACUCAAACGCUUUUGCCUAAGGUAUUCCCAAGAAGCGUCAGUAACCCGUGUCUUUUGAAGUUUCUGAAUCAUGACAAGGAUGAUAAUUAUGAAUCUAAUCAAAAACAGCCUUACAAAACUAAUAAUGUGCAGCUCAGCUCUACCUUAGCAUCGUGGCGUUUUGAUGAUGAUGCCAUUGAAAUGGAGGUGAAGCAACAUUUUAUUCCCUAUACUAUAGAGGCUCUUAAGCCAUGGCGCAGCUUUAUGCCAAUACCAUUUUAUUUGAGAGGCAACAGCAUGGUUGGCAGGCAGAAAGUGGAUUGGUAUUUCCUACUUCAGUCGAUUGAUGAGCUAAUUCGGGAAUCUAAUAACUUGCUGGACAGGAUACAAAAAAUAAUUGAAAGCAAAAAUAUUCAGUAUCAACGAGUGCAUAAUACUUUGGAUGAGAUAAGAAAAUUUCAUCCCAGCGAAUUUAUUUUUCCUUCUGAGUACUGGUUGCCGAUAAUUGAGAAACAAGAAGUAGAGCUACAAAUACUGCUGGACGCGAAAUAA